GCUGUGCGCUUGUUAUCGUUGGUCCAGAUGCCAAGGUAAGGAAGAAACAAGGAGACAAGGAAGGAAUUAAGGGGGAAAAGGAGACACGCAUUCUAUUACAGCCCCUGUGGAGCUGCAGCAGGGACGAACGAGUCUUCCAGUCGUUAUUAUUAUUUCUAAUCGCAGACAACGGCACAGCAGAGGGGAGCACGCAGGAAUGACUCUGCUGAGAGGUCUUCCACGGUUUGUGAUCUUCGUCCAUGCGGCAGCUGUUUGCUCAGGUGUGGGUGGGGCGGAGGUCGACAGCGUGUCACGAGUGUGUCGUCGCCCAUGUGAGGACCUGGUGGACUUGUUCACAGAGAUCCACGGCCUACGCAUCAUCACCAACAACCUGCUGGAAGACCUGGAGAGAGUAACUAAAGAAAAUGAGGAGAUGCGCAUAACUUUGGCUGAGUUGAGCAACAGCAGCAGAAGGAGCAGCAGCACUGAGGAUCCAGACUUGGACCGAGACAAGGAUGGGGAGGCCUGGUGUGUGCAGGACGGGCGAGUGUACAAACAGGGGGAGCAGUGGGAGGUCGACAGCUGCACCAGUUGCGGUUGCAAGGAUGGAAAGGUGGUGUGCCGGCAGGCAACUUGUCCUCCUGUAUCCUGCAUCAGUCCAUCUUUUAUUGAUGGAGAAUGUUGUCCCGUCUGUCUCAAUGACAAAGACGGGUGGUCCCCCUGGUCCGAGUGGACUGACUGUUCUGUCACUUGUGGUCGAGGAGGGCAGCAACGUGGCCGAACCUGCGAUGGCGUUACGCCCAUCUGUGCCGGACCCUCAGUUCAAACCCGGAGCUGCAUGCUGAUGAAGUGUGACCGCAAAAUGCGUGCGGAUGGAAACUGGAGUCUUUGGUCUCCUUGGUCUCCUUGUACGACCACAUGUGGAAAAGGCAACAUCACACGUGUCCGUCUUUGUAGCAACCCCCCGCCCCAAAAAGGUGGCAGAGGGUGCAUGGGCGACGACAGGGAGACAUACCCUUGCAAAAACAAACUCUGCCCCAUUGCUGGAGGCUGGACAACCUGGACCGGAUGGUCCCUCUGCUCAGCAUCAUGUGGGGGAGGACUUUCGAGUCGUCAGCGGGAGUGUUUGAAACCUGCCCCCCAGCAUGGUGGCAAGCCUUGUGCUGGAGAUGCUGUGGACUAUGCAGCAUGUAACAAACAACCGUGCCCUAUAGACAUGUGUUUGGUGUCCAAUCCGUGUUUUCCUGGAGUGAAAUGCACUUCUCACAGCGAUGAAUCAUGGGAAUGUGGUCAAUGUCCAUUGGGUUUAAAUGGCAAUGGCACCCAUUGUGAAGAUGAAAAUGAGUGUGAAGUCGAAGGUGUGUGUGUAACACAAUGUGUGAACACGGACCCGGGAUUCUACUGUUUGCCCUGCCCCCCUCGCUACAAAGGCACCCAACCCUUUGGCCUUGGACUGCAGGAAGCCCAGGCAACCAAACAGGUGUGUGAACCUUAUAAUCCCUGCAAAGACAACACACACACCUGUCACAAGUUUGCAGAGUGUGUGUACUUGGGCCUGGCGUCUGAGAUCCUGUUCAGGUGCGUGUGCGCUGUUGGGUUUGCGGGAGACGGCUUUUUGUGUGGUGAGGAUUCCGAUCUGGACGGUUGGCCCAAUCACAGUCUGAUCUGCAAGCGGAACGCUACGUAUCACUGCCAGAAGGAUAACUGUCCCAUGCUGCCAAACUCUGGACAGGAAGACUUUGACAAUGACGGCAUAGGAGACGCCUGUGAUCCUGAUGAUGACAAUGAUGACAUCAUAGACUUGAGGGACAACUGCCCACUGGUUUACAACCCACGACAGUUUGAUUCUGACAGGGACGGAGUUGGCGACAACUGUGAUAACUGUCCGUUUGAUGAGAACCCGCUGCAGAUGGACAGUAAUGACGAUGGAGAGGGGGACGCCUGCAGCAUUGACAUCGAUGGAGACGAGAUUCUCAACGACCGCGACAACUGUCCUUUGAUCUACAACACUGACCAAAGGGACACGGACAUGGAUGGUGUUGGAGACCAGUGUGACAACUGUCCUCUUCUAUACAACCCACUACAGCUUGACUCCGACAAUGAUCUGGUAGGGGACAUGUGUGAUGACAACAAGGACAUUGAUGAAGACGGACAUCAAAACUCUCUAGACAACUGUCCCUACAUCGCCAAUAGCAACCAGGCCGACCACGACAAUGACGGCAAGGGAGAUGCCUGUGACCAUGACGAUGAUAAUGACGGCUUCCCCGACGACAGGGACAACUGCAGGCUGGUACCAAACAGGGACCAGCUGGAUUCUGAUGGUGACGGGAGUGGAGACGCAUGCUAUGAUGACUUUGACAACGACACCGUUCCUGAUGCAUUCGACCCUUGCCCUCGGAACCAGGACAUCAGUUCCACAGACUUCAGGAAGUUUCAGGUGGUUCUGUUGGACCCUAAGGGCACCACCCAGUCGGACCCACUCUGGUUGAUCCGCAGCCAGGGUACGGAGCUGCUGCAGACUGCCAACUCAGACCCUGGUAUCGCUUUAGGAUAUGACAAGUUCAGCGCUGUAGACUUCAGUGUGACAUUUUAUGUCAACACCAAACGAGAUGACGACUAUGCAGGCAUCGUGUUCGCUUACCAGUCCAGUCGGCGCUUCUAUGUUGUCAUGUGGAAACAGGUAUCCCAGGCCUACUGGGAGAAGAAGCCAACCAAAGCUUUUGGUACUGCGGGACUCUCCAUUAAACUGGUCAACUCUACCACAGGACCAGGAGAGUAUCUCCGCAACGCCCUGUGGCACACCGGAAAUACCAGACACCAGGUGAAAACACUGUGGCAUGACCCCAAAGAAAUCGGCUGGAAGGACUACACAGCUUAUCGCAUUCAUCUCAUCCACAGACCCAAGACUGGUUUCAUCAGGGUGGUGGUGUAUGAGGGCAGGGACAUUUUGUCUGAUUCUGGUGCCGUGUAUGACCACACCUUGGCUGGAGGCAGACUGGGACUCUUUGUCUUCUCCCAGGAACAUGUCCUUUUCUCAGACCUCAAAUACGAGUGCAGAGAUAGCUGAAUUGUUUAUCUGGGAUAUUCAGGGAACCCCCACAGCCCAGCAGAGAGCGACGCCCUCUUACAAAAGGAUAAUUUUGUGACAUCAUCUAUCAGCUUUUAAUGAAACAGUACUGGCGCUCAUUCACUGUAUAUCAGUGUACAAUAAUGCUAACACCUGUAAUGACUGUAAUCUGCUGAUUUUUAUCUGCCCUUUUCUGCUUGUAAAUACUUAUUUAUUGCACAGACAUCUGUCCGAGUGG